GGGGUGGGUUUGUGAGCACAACUCGGUGGUGGCGGGGGUAGCCUGUGAAGGUGUCAUGGCUGCUGUCGCUGAGCUUAGUCGCUCCAGCAGUGGUGACAGGAGUUUGGAACGGAGCUGCAGCCCUAAUCUCUCCCAAGAGGUGCUCUGCGAAAUCUUUCGCUCUCUGCAUAGCCUGGUGGGACAACUUAACCUCAGAGAUGAUGUGGUGAAAAUUACAAUCGAUUGGAACAAGCUCCAGAGCCUCUCGGCAUUCCAGCCCACUUUGCUCUUUAGUGCACUUGAACAACAUGUUUUAUAUUUACAGCCUUUUUUAGCAAAACUUCAGCCUCUGAUUAAAGAGGAGAAUACAACUGUUGUUGGAGGGACAGAAAAAACAGAAAUGGGGAAUAAGAAUGAAGUAAAUGCCAAAUUUCCCAUUAGUGACCUACAAGAGGAAGAAAAGCACAAAGAUUGUGAUUUAGGAGAUGUGAAAAAGACACAGAUCCAUGUUGAUCCAGAAGUAGUUCAAAUAAAGGCUGGAAAAGCAGAAAUUGACAGACGAAUAUCUGCAUUUAUUGAAAGAAAGCAAGCUGAAAUCAAUGAAAACAACGUGAGGGAAUUUUGCAAUGUUAUUGAUUGUAAUCAAGAAAACAGUUGUGCAAGAACUGAUGCCAUUUUUACUCCUUACCCGGGAUUUAAAAGUCAUGUAAAAGUUUCUAGAGUUGUGAAUACAUAUGGACCACAGACUAGACCUGAAGGAAUUCAAGGGUCAGGUCAUAAACCUAACAGCAUGCUCCGAGAUUGUGGUAAUCAGGCUGUAGAAGAACGACUACAAAAUAUUGAGGCUCACUUGCGAUUGCAGACGGGUGGUCCAGUGCCAAGAGACAUUUAUCAGAGAAUUAAAAAACUUGAGGAUAAAAUCCUUGAAUUGGAAGGCAUCUCUCCUGAAUAUUUUCAUUCUGUAAGCUUUUCCGGAAAAAGAAGAAAAGUACAACCACCUCAAAUCAUACCCUGGGAUUCAAGAUUGAAAAAAAAAGGGGCAGCAUAAAUUAAUGAACUUGAAUUAAAUAAUUUUAUUUCAAGGAAUUAUUCACUGGCUGAACUUGAUGAAAAAAUUAGUGCCCUCAGACAAGCCCUGCUCAGAAAAUCAAGAGAAGCAGACUCCAUGGCUACCCACCACCUUCCAUGAAAAACUCCUCUCAUUCUUGUCAUUUUACUUUUUUUAUAUACAUGUAACUUACAGUGCAGUUAAUUAAGUGGAUAUGUGUUUAUCAAUGUAACUUUCCUUCUCUGAAAUCAAGGUUCUUUUCAUGAGAGUCUGGCCUGCAGCAGGUCAUCUGCAGAUAUUCCAGUGAAGUUUGAAAUGGUUAUAAGGUGUGGAAAACAGCAUUGUUGGAACGUGUCCCCUUCUGUUCUAAAGGAGGUAUUUUGGAAAACGAAAAACUUAAUUUCAAAGCACAUCUUUUUGUGUGUGUAUACAUGCCACAGAAAGGACGAUUUAUUUUGAAUAGUGAUAUUUAAAAGGACUUUAUAUUUGUAACAUCAGUGUUAACCAGUUUUUUUGUUUAAAUCAGUACUUUGUACGUAAUAGGCAAGAAGAAUUUACCAACUGAAAUGAAUUUUAAAUGAAUGCAUACUUUUUUUCCCAAAUGCCAACUUUAAUGUAAAUAAACAGUAGACUCUACCUUUAUCCCCUUACUGUGUGACCUUUAGCAAAUUAAUCUCUUUGUAUCUUAAUUUCUUUAUCUAUAAAAUGGCAUUGAUAAUAAUAAAACCUACGGUUGUCAUGAA